CCACUCUUCCGUAUCCAAAUUUCCCAAGCAAAACAAAGCCUGCAAAUUGCAAAGAUGACCAAACAUGCUGUCUUUUCCUUCUCACUUCUACUCAUAUUUCUCUUCCGGUGCUGCACCACAGCCGGUGCCCAGGCUCCCGACAUCACCAAAAUCCUUGAGAAGCCUGGCCGGUUCACGAUCCUACUCCGUCUCCUAAAGAGCACCGGAAUAGUUAGCCAACUCAACGGGGAGCUUCAGAAAUCAAACACCGGUUUUACCCUUUUUGCUCCACCGGACAAAGCAUUUUCGGACCUCAGAUCAGGCAGCAUUAACUCUCUAAGUGACCUCCAAAAGGUCCAACUUAUACAGUUCCAUAUCUUAGCCACUUACGUCACCAUGCCAAAUUUCCAAACUUUGGGCAACCCGGUGCCGACCCAGGCCGGAGACACCAGCGCAGGUGCGUUCCCACUAAAUGUCAUCUCCUCCGGCAAUAAAGUGCAGAUCUCCACAGGCGUUGUGAAUGCCACAGUGGGCAGUGUAGUGUAUUCGGAUAAUGAUCUGGUUGUGUAUCAAGUGGAUAAAGUGCUUCUUCCUCUGGCAAUUUUUAGUGACUAUGAGCCUGAUUCGGUACCGUUGGCGGAGAGCAAUCCUCCUGUUUCUGCUAAAGUUGACAAAUCUGCAGGUGUGGUGAGUCUCCCCAUGCAUGGAAUGCCGGUUUUUCUCGGAAUUGCAGUGAAUAUUGCAGCGUUGGCUUUGUGACCAAAGCAUCUUGAAGAUAUGUUGCAGUACGAUCGAGUCGGGAUAGUCAAUUUGGGUGCAUGCAUGGGGUUCCAAUUUUCUUGGUGUGUAUGGUUUUGGCUGAAUUGCAUAGAUAGAGCGGGCGUGAUCGACUCUCGAGUGCUUCUUUUUGUAUUGCCAAUGUGCCAUCUUUCUCUCCUGAAAUUCAAUGAUUUUCCUUUCUUUUUGGAAAAAAGAAAAUCUUUUUCUCCGUCCUU